AUGUUGACAAUGCAGAGCCCAUUCACCGCGACCUAUUUGGCCUUUGCCAAGUACUCUUCCUCAGGCGACGCCCAUAGAAUACUUAAGAGUGCACAAGAAGACACCGUUAGGCGACGAUCCAGUCGGAUCCUCGAGUGUCGAAGAGCGAGCAUGCAGACAUUUCACCACAGCGCAGAACCCGACCGUGACCUCUGGUUUCGAAAAGGAAAGGUGCGGCCUGUGUUUAUGUCUGCACUCCUGGGACUAAGAGAACUAAGUUUCGAAUUGAGGAGAGGGAAUCCUGUACAUCAAUAUUCUACGGCGAGGCUCGAACCAAGGCCAGCGGCAGCCGUGCCAAAUAGGUCAUUUAUUGUUGAGCCAAGAACAAUAGCCUUCCGUCAGCCCGGGAUAACAGACUCUCCCUGCUUCGAGGUGCUCGAGGUGACCGUCCUCUGUGUAAACAGAAAGUCACUGCUUACCGAAAGCAGUAAGCAGUCACGAUGUUGA